CGAUCACCUUAUUUCAAAACCAUUAUGGCGCGUGCAGGACCGAGCAGAACGCAGAGGUCACAAAGGGCCCCACAACCCUCCCAGUCCCAGUCCCAACGGCCUGCUCGAGGUAGUAGAAGAGCGCCCGUUGAAGACGACGAGGAUGAAAAUGCAGCAGACGAUAAUGACCAAGACAUGGACAUCAACAGAAGUCAGGGAGGGGUCCUUGGUGCGGAUGCGGAACUUGACAGAAAAGCGAGUGAUCUCGUGAGAUUCGCUCUUUUUAUGGAGCAGAAGCGGACUCCUAUACGUCGGGAGGAUAUCAACAAGAAGGUCCUGGCCUCUAACUCGCGUUCAUUCAACUCUGUGCUUGAAAGAGCACAGAAGCUCCUUAAGAAAACUUUUGCCAUGGAACUUGUAGAGCUUCAGUCGCGAAACUAUCGCGAACAAGAUACCGCAGCUGGUGACGAUCUUCAAGAGGCACGCAACGCUACUGGAAUAAAGAAGAAAACUGCGGCUGCAGGAUCAAAGACAUACAUUCUUCGUUCUGUCCUUGAUCCUGUUAUCAUUGAGGAGGCAGCGCGCACAGACGAACGACUAUACGAAGAACAGAUUGCCGACAGCCAAGAAGACGGUGAUGACGACGACGACAUGCCCAGAAGUUACGGGUGCAUCAUCUCUUGGAGCACCACAGAUCAGCUCGGUGCCUUGGGGGUCUUGCAUGUCAUUCUAGCAUUCAUUCUCGUCAGCGGACGAUCCAUGACCGACUUGGAUUUACGUGCCAACUUGAAACGCCUCGGCCUUACAUCGAAUGGGUCCGUAUCCUUGAACACCCAGUCUACGCACAAGUCCCUGCCUAUAGACACAUAUCUUGGCCAGCUGGUGAAGCAAGGAUACGUUGACCGUAUCAAGCAGGGCGACCCGAAGACGGCUGGCGGCAAACGCAGUCGCGCUCCUGCAGCGACUCAAGCCAAUCCAGAUGAAACCCAAGCAUUUGAAUGGCAUUGGGGGCAUCGCUCAUAUAGCGAGAUUGGAGAACAGGCUAUUGCUACAUUCGUCGCUGAAUUUAUGGUGGAACGCAACCGUGACGAUGACGCCGAGGAAGAUGAUGAGGAUGGCAAAGCUGCGCGGGGCAGGGGAAAGGGAAGAGCCAGGGCUGAGGAUGGCGGCGGAGACAAGAGGCUGAAGAAUGUGUACGGAGCAAUUGAAAGGGCAGCUGGGGGUAACCUCUCGGAUGUUAAAUGAGACAUCUCCUCGUAGCGUUCUUAUUAUAUCCACUCUGC